GGGGGAUGGGGGCGAGGUUUCUCCUCCCCCUGCUGCUGCGGGGCCCCUGUCGUUUUGCCGCAGGGCAGGGAACGGCUGCCCCGGGGCUGCUGGGGAGCCGUGGCCCUGGCUGGGCGGUGCCUGGGUCCCGGCGCUCCCUGCAAACACUUCUCCGGAGCUGCCCGGCGAGCAGCUGGCGCUGGGCUGGCAGGACCCGCCCUGCUUGGGGUCCGGGGGCCGACCGGCAGGGGGAGAGCGGGGCGGGGUGCGGCUCCUUCCACGUGGGACGCUGGGCAGUGACAGGAGCCGAUCGCCGCCUGCACCGCGCCUGGGACCAGCUGGGCUGUGGUUGCCUGUCCGGAGCUGCCCCGCACUGGAAGCAGGGAGAGGAUGAUCUUUGCCGCCCCUGCUAGCAGCAGCAGCCGGUGAAGGAGAGAAAAACAAGCGCAGGGAGAGCUGGGAGAGAUUAUUCAUGAUGUCUGUCAAGAAGGAAGGUGCCCAGAAGAAAUGGGCUGCCGUAAAGGAGAAACUUGGGUCCCAGGAGACUGACCAGUCAGAGGCCAACCUGGAAAAUGCAGAGCCAGAACUAUGCAUUCGCCUCCUACAAAUGCCCUCAGUAGUGAACUACUCUGGUCUCAAGAAGCGACUGGAGAGCAGCGAUGACACCUGGAUGGUCCAGUUCCUGGAGCUGAGUGGCCUAGAUCUGCUCUUAGAGGCCCUGGACAGGCUGUCUGGAAGAGGAGUAUCCAGGAUUUCUGAUGCCCUGCUUCAGCUCACCUGCAUUAACUGUGUGCGAGCUCUCAUGAACUCCCACAAGGGGAUUGAAUACAUUGUCAGCAAUGAAGGCUAUGUCAGGAAACUCUCUCAAGCACUGGACACGUCUAAUGUCAUGGUAAAAAAACAGGUGUUUGACCUGCUAGCUGCACUCUGCAUUUACUCACUGGAUGGGCAUGCCCUGGCUUUGGACGCCCUGGACCAUUAUAAGACUGUGAAGAACCAGCAGUACCGAUUCAGUGUGAUAAUGAAUGAGCUCUUUGCUACGGAUAACGUGCCUUACAUGAUAACGCUGCUAAGUGUUAUUAAUGCCGUGAUCCUGGGGACUGAAGAACUAAGAAUCAGGACGCAGCUCAGAAAUGAGUUUAUAGGUCUUCAGUUGUUGGAUAUUUUAAACAAGCUAAGGUAA